AUGAUUGAGGAUAAUCAGAUAGUGAAAGCAGUAGAAGUCAUUCUGGCAGUAGUAUCAAAAUUAAUCCCAGCAUUAAUUAAAAAUUUACCUGCGUAUAAGCAACAUUCUGGUGUGAUUGAGAGGAUUCUAAAGCAGCGUUAUAAGAUGCAGAAGCGUACUGUGCAAAUAAAUGCUGCCCCUGAAUUACAGAUGCAUAAUCACAUCAGAAUGGG